AUGGCAACUGCCAAGCCUAGAUCCUUCGAUGAAUACACGAUAGGAUGGAUCUGCACGCGGCCAACGGAGUGGAUAGCGGCAUCGGGUAUGCUGAAUGACAUACAUCCUAACAUUGAAAAGCCGUCGUAUGACUCAAACAUUUAUGCUAUGGGGUCGAUAUACGACCACAACAUUGUUGUUGCUUGUCCGCCUGACGAGGAAAUCGGUAACACCUCCGCUGCAGCGAUUGUUGCCGUUCUGAUGAAAUCCACCUUCCCGCAAAUUAGGUUUGUGUUCCUGGUCGGUGUCGGUGGCGGCAUUUCGCCCAAAGUCAAACUCGGUGAUGUGGUGGUCAGCAUACCUGUGAAACAGUAUCCCGCCUUGGUCCAAUGGGACACGGGAAAUCUCAAGGGAGACAGCAGCCUCGAGCGCAUCGGAUCGCUCAACCCACUGCCUCACUCACUUCUGAAGGCCUUGGAACAAACAGACGCGGUACAUGAUUGGGUUGGGACCGACAUGUAUUCGCGCUUUGAGAAGUUACGAGAUUCAUGGCCGGAGCUGGUAUCGAGACACUUGCGGUCGGAUUCAAUCGAGGCCAAAUUGAUGUUGACCAAAGCAGGCUACGGCGACGUCAAUAAGAGCACUACAGGCGAUCAAGACGAUGGCGAAGGGGAAGGAAACUGUACGCGCCGCGGCCAGGCUAAGGACCAUCCAAAAGACAAGGUGUACUUUGGCAUGAUCGUCGAGGGCAACCAGGUCAUCGAGGACCCUAAAGUCGAUAAGACGCGCAAGAAAAAUCUUGGUGGUGAUGUUCUCUGUGUCGAGACGAAAGCAGCUGUACUGGCCGAGAUUUUUCCUUGUCUCAUCAUCCGAGGCAUCUAUGACCAUGCCAAUUCGCAUAAGAUCGAGGAUUGCCAGGAACAUGCAGCGGCCAUGGCGGCAGCCUUUGCCAACGAGCUUGUGAGAUUUCUGCUGAGUGAUUUUGACUAUGAUCCAUUAGCAAAGAACAUGGUUGACAAGGUCUCCGAUAGCUCCGCUCGGAACGAUUCGCCGCAAGCCAUUGCAGCCGAUGCGGGUAGACAGUUGCAAAGAUUCAGCCUAACUCUGGCACUGGCACGAAUGCUUCCAGAUAAACAGCAAAACGACAAGACGCAGCAAUUACUGUCCCAGAAAAACACCCAACUAAAGGAGAUCAAGAAGCAGCAGGAAAAGGUGGACGUUAAACUAAGAAAGUUUGGAAUGUUGGGGAGCCAUCUAGCAAAGCAUGAGGCCAAAAUCACAGGAGAGAUAUACAAACUGCAGAAAAUGCAAGCAGACGCCGAGCAAAGGACCGCUACGCAAACCCUAUUACUCAAACUCCGACAGAUGGAUGGCCUCGACCAUGAUUGCGAACCGGGAGAAAUAGACGAUUCGAGACUGUUCCAAUGGGCCGUCGAAGAGAGCGAUGCGGAAAUAGUUCAACUGUUUCUGGAUAGAGGCACUGAUGCGACGGCCACACAUAAUGAUGGAUGGAUGCCAUUGCAUGCAGCUGCAAGUCAGGGAUAUGACGACGUGGUUCGGGUAUUACUCAAAAGGGGCGGAGUGGAAGCUGACUCAAAGAAUGAUGAUGGCCGGACUGCGCUUCAACUGGCUAUCGAGAGAGGGCAUGGAGAUGUCAUGCGGCUUCUGCUUCGGAAAUCUGCCAACAAAGAUGCGGCAAUGAUACAAGCGCGAUGGGAACACAAAGGCCAACAUCGCGUCAAAUUCGCGGUUUUCUCACAUGACUCAAGGUUGUUAGCAUCAGCGACAAUCGGUGGAAACAUUGAACUCUGGAAUACAGCAACCGGUCAUUGCCAAGAAACGCUCGAAGACCCGUGCCCAAAAACAGCUCGUGGCGAUAAGCGUUGGAUUGCAUCCAUGGCCUUCUCGCACAACUCGAAGCUCCUAGCAUCAGGAUCAAGUGAUGGUUUUAUUAAAAUCUGGAAUACGACAACAGGUCAAUGCCAACGAACGCUCCAAGGCCAUGAAUGUGACCGACAGGCGCACGCCAAAAAACGCUCCAAAGCCAUGGAGAGGAAGUACAAGUAA